AUGGCGCCACCCAAUCUCGACCGUCUCAAGAAACUCAAGGAUCAAUAUCGAUACCGUCGAGACCAUAUCCCGGAUGGCAACAACAGUCCUGCCCAACAACCGGAUCAACCUGUGCCCUUCGCUCCCGUCCCGACAUCCGGUUCGUCUUACCCGCCACCUCCUCAUCCGUCCAGCAGUCCGUAUGGCACGUCUUCCGGUUCAUCUUACACGCACGCGGCACCUCAUCCGUCCAGCGUUCCUUAUUCCAUGUCUUCCGGUCCAUCUUACCCGCCACCCGGUUUAUCUUACUACCCGACACCUCCUCUUCAGUCCAGCAGUCCGUAUGGCACGCCUUCCGGUUCAUCUUACACGCACGCGGCACGCCAUCCGUCCAGCAGUCCGUAUGACAUGUCUUCCGGGUCUGGACCCAGCUUACCACCGGCAUGGGCUGGGCCUUCUCCAGCUGGUUAUAAUUCCGCGACCGCCCUGCCCGGCCUGCCGUUUCCACACGACCUGCCCGGCCUGCCGUUCUCACACCCACCAUCACCAUUACCAUUCGUACCACGCCCAGGGCCCCCAGCACCACCAGGUCCCCCAGCACCCGCGGGAUUCUCAACACCGCAUGCCCAUCCGAACACUACAGCACAUCAUUCCAGUAAGCAGAAACCCCGCAGUCAAGCCACUCCCGUCAACUUUUAUCAGAGCUCGCCAUCACAGACUGCCCCUUCCGGGAGUGCAGCUGGCCCAUCUUCUUGGAGUCAGAGGAAGCCGAAGCCGCAGAGACAGAAUUCCCAUCUCGGCCCGAGCAGACAGUCGACGGACAAAGCAUCAUGGUUUCUUCCUAAAGAGUUACAAGAAGAAUUUGAUAUUCGUACGGACGAGGGAUACGAAAUUGAUAAUAAUACAGACGAGGAACAUGCCGGGCAAUUGCAGGGGAAACUGAACUUGUUCCGUGCCCUGUAUCCGGUGCUCGAAGGCGCUGCAGCCAAAUUCAUGCCUGGAUACAAGCCACCCCGGAACGAUCGACAGUCUAUCUACGAUGUUACCAGCGCAGCAGAAGAGAGCGAUGCUUCGUCAAAUGCAGAUCAGGCUUCGCCAGGUGCUGCUGCUGCUGAGCACCUCGAGCAGUUGGCGCCAUUACGGGACUUUGUUCAAGGAGCUUUCACAGGUCGCUCCUGUGCCGGAUGCCUUAAGAACAUCAGCUUGCAGGCCAACGAAAUUGUGAAGCUGACCAGGUGCUGGGCUGGGAAUACAGGUUGCGGCAAGAUGAUGUCAGACAAGACAGAAAACGAGCCUUGGAAGAUGAUCAAGCUGCAUGGCAAGGAGUCACCCGUGCAUUGGUGCUGCGAGAGCGGGAGGUUGGCAGCCAUGUGGGCACUAUCAUGUGGAUGGGACGGAGGACCUAGGGCUGGCGCAGUGAGAAAGGUCCGUGACAAAGCAAAGUCUGCGCCCAAACAACAGCCGCAGUUUGGAUCAUCCAACCUUGCGCAUCUAAAAUCGCUGCUAUUGGCUAUUGGGGCGCCUCCAUAUAUAUACAUGGCUAUUGGGACGCCUACAUCCUCGACUAAGGCGAAAGGGGUUGGGUACGGCGGCGACUACGGAGUCAGUAUUGGAGACGGCUCUCUUAUAUCCUUCAUGUCUCACUCCUCUCGCAAACCACCACCCAUAGUGACGAAGCCGAUAGACACGAAAGAGGAUACGGUGCAUGAGACCUUUUUCAGGCUACUGGCUCUGUCAUUGCCGUCUCACGCGAGAUCAGGUGCGCUGGAUCUUUGCCCACCGGCUCUCCUAUUACCGAUGCUUUCGCGAAGCGCUCUAUUCGAACAGGCGGCUAUCAUGCUGGGUAAUGACUCCAUCGAGGACAUGGCUCGUCAUUACCAUCUAUAUGACGGGUUACUUGAUCUCAUCUAUGCACUUGGCAGUCACACAGCAACGGCCACGCUGGUGUACGGGGAUCGCAGCAUUUACCACGCCAAAGGUGGCAGCUUGCUUGACGUGUCAUUCGACACCAGCGGACGGAGAGUGAAGAUCCCGCCAAAGGACACGAGCAAGUCCCUUGCAAAGCUCCUGCAGAGCCUAGCCGUUCAGGCCAAGACAAUUCGCAGGCACGCCGAAGCGAAUGCUGCGGAGUUUCAAAACGGGGGAGGACAACACGUACUGGCCCUCAGCCAAAGGCUGUCGCAUCUCUCAGCUCUGCACGAUUCCAACAAGCAGCAUUUCCGGACAGAGAUGGACGUAAGCUCCGGUGAGACGGGGGUCAACAUGUCCGAGUGGCACCGUGCGAAUUGUGUCCGAGAGGUCGAGGACGAGACCAUCUUACAAAUUUUCGCAUUCGCCAAGGGAGCACGAGCUACUGCCAUACGGGCGCCGUUCCCAGGUCGCAUGAAGAGGCUGAUUACCGAGAUGUCGAACUUGCAGACGUCGCUUCCAGAGGGAAUUUACAUUCGUCAUGGCGCUUCUCGGCUCGACAUGAUGAAGGUGGUCAUCAUUGGCCCGAGAGGAACUCCGUACGAGUUCGGGAUCUUCGAGUUCGACUUGUUUUGCCCCACGAAAUACCCGAAAGAACCGCCGAUGAUGAAUUUCAAGACUACAAAUCGUGGCCGGGUCCGGUUCAACCCGAACUUGUACGAGGAUGGAAAGGUCUGCCUCUCGCUUCUCGGCACGUGGGCGGGCGAGCCAUGGCGAGGAGAGCAUUCGACUAUCCUCCAGGUACUGGUGAGCAUCCAAGCAAUGAUUCUAUGUGAAGAGCCCUGGUACAAUGAACCAGGCCGGGACGCCAACAAAAGGGCCAACGAACAGCUGUCAGCCAAGUACAAUACGACGCUGAGAAGGUCGACCCUUAAACACGCGAUUUUGCCUUGGGUUAACGCGAUUGGGGCCGGCGAUUCCAUGCCGGGUUUGGGCGCUGCCACUGCCGGCCUGGAUGAAAUCUGGCAAGACAUGGUUCAGCUGCAUCUACGAGCCAAUGCAAGAGACAUUGCCAAGUCAUAUAGCCAGGUUGCCGCGGAGUCUGGAAGCUCGAAUAGCCAGGCUGCCUCGAAGCCCGAGAGCGAUACCUUGCAGAAGGCGACGAUGACUGUCACUCACGCUCUACAGGCCAAGGGUUAUUUGGGUUAG